AUGGAAAACGGAGCCGUCAUGGAAACACCAGAAACGAGCCAAGUGGUGGAUUCGCCAUUGUCACCUUCAUCGCAAGUCUACACUGAUUUCCUGAAGCUCCAUCGUGAGAAAAAAUCAUCCGUGAACAGUGAAGUGAGAGGAUCUCCCAACAAAGCGAUGCCUGCCACUCAAAACUACCACGAAUUCAUCGAGUCCCAUCUUCAAUCCAAGGCUUUGCUCAAGUCCCCUGUUGCACCAGGUGCAACUGAAGCGACCUUGGAUCAUAAUGACGUAAUGAAUGGCAAGGAUGACGACGUUUCCGACGUGACAGUGUCGACCCAGGUUGAUCCGAUCAAUCUUGCCAAUGGAACAGAGGAGGCAGAGAAUGGGAAUGCAGAGAGUCUUGAACAACCGGCAGAGGACCUGCUUGAACUAGAGAAGAAGAAUCGUGAGCUGUUUUCUGCUUUGGAUGAACACAUGAGCAAAGAAGUCAAGACGGAGAACGGCGACGUGCAAGGAGUUGAGAAUGGGCUGAUGCAACUUCCAGAGCAUAACAAAGCCAACCAUGUUGGGCAAGACAACGAGGAACAAGGCGGAGAUACAGACCUGAAUCACAACGAUCAGGCAGCGCAGGAGGAUCCCACCCCGAACGAUGAGGAGAAAGCAAGCGAUCUCCCUCAAAACACUCUUGAGGUUAACGGUAUCGAGCAGCCUGAAUCCGUCAAAGAAGAAGAAGCAAAAAGAACUCCAGGAUUUGGAGGCCCAAGGCAAAGGCAAGUUGAGAAGGAGAGUAUCUUUGAAACCGGAAUUGACAAUUGCAAUGCAGUUGAAAACCAUGACACGAAUGGUUCCAACACCAUUCAAGGUGAGAUUGAGGUGAUCAAUGCCAAGGAAGAAGCUUUCAACCAGAUUCAAAACUUGGACAUAGCAGAAUCCCAGGAAAGGGAUACGGUAGACUUGGAAAAGAUGUCAGAAGAAGAAAGGAAAGAAUUUGCAAGCAAGUUGAAGGAUGACGUUGCCACACUGGAAACCUGCAUUGACGAAAUAACCAAGAACUCUGAGAACGAUGAAUCGAAGCCACCCCAGUUAGUCCCUCCCUCUGAUGAGAAAGAGCCUUCUCAACGAGGGUCGGGCAGCAGCAACCAGAGCAGCUCCUUGAGGAACGCGAUCAAACGGAUCGAGCAAGCUCUUGACAACAUCCGUUACGUCUCUCUGGGUUACAUCUUAGUUGGUGUCACCGUCAUUGGCUUGGGCAUCUUCUCCAUGUUGGGCAUUCCUGCCUGGAGUGCAGGUUUGUUUCUCCUCCUCAUCGGGCUGAUCAACCUGCGAAGAAAGAGUGCUUCCUAUAUGCUUGUGGCCCCGAGAGGUUUCCGAUAUGCCUCUGUUUUUGCCGUCUUGCUCCUGCUUGCCUCUGCGGGGGUCUUCCUCUUCUCCACCAUUGUGAUCUCCUCGCUUGAUGGAACUCCCACGUGCCCUGGAGACACAAUCAACACCGUCUGCCUUCUGUCGCCCAGUGAGGCUGCGCCUGCAAACCUCGACUGCGACAAGAACAUGACGCUCGCAGAUUAUGAGAUGAAAGAAUCUCUUUGCACUGCGGUGUUUCUCUGUGGCAAUCAUACGAUGCUGUUUGCUCCGUGCCACACAAAGGCCACGAUCAACAUGUCAGGAUUCAUUCUCUGUGUUAUCAUGGCGUUCUGCAUUUUCUUUAUUUCGGGAUGGAUUCAAGUCGUUCUUGAAAGGAGUGUCUCUGACUGCAACAGAGUUCGUAACGGUGGCAGGAGCAUUCACUUUGCGGACCUGAGCUUCACUGCAUACUUGCAACAUGCCUUGUGUUGUGCCAAGACUCCUGAAGAACCGGAAACGACAGAGGUGUGA